AUGAAGCCUUCCUUCUCGUGCUCACGUGUAACAGUUGACGAAAACAGCGGUCGGCCGUGCUUUGAUGAUGAUGGAGACGUGGUACUGCAUGCACUCUCACUCUCUCCUGGCAUUAACAAACAUCGUCCUAUGAACAUGAAAGACGAUAUGACGUUGUCAUUGCAAUUACUGCUUCAAGGUAGUACUCAAGCUCUUUUAGCAGGUGUUGUCAUUUCUAUCGUGUUGUGCCCAGUGAUGAUUGGGUUUGCUACCAUGAUCUUCAGCCAUCCAGACUUUGCACUGGCCCUUCCAAUGCUUACAAAGCUCAUGUUUGCAUCUAGUAUGGUGCACCAGCUCGUAUUCACGAGUCUCUCCCCUUUACCCUUUGCCAUCGGACAAGUACAGGACACUGGGAUGAUCUUUUUAGCCAGCAUGGCAUCGUCCAUCAUGACAGAGUUGGGCCCUGCCGUACCAAUUACAGAGCGGAUCGCAACUGUGCUAAUCCACUUGAGCCUUAGCACAAUGCUAGUAGGUCUCGGGCUGGUUCUCACCGGUAAAGCACGUUUGGCUUCGCUCGUCCAGUACCUCCCGACGCCAGUAAUCGGCGGGUACUUGGCUUACGUUGGCUUCUUUAUGAUAAAGGGAGGCAUCUCACUUACAACUGGUGUGAGUCUUGCUUCUGCACAAGGUUGGGGUGUACUUGUGAGCUCAUCUCAUAACUUGAUGCUGCUCGCUCCGGGCUUGGCUGGUGGAAUCUUGUUGUCAGCACUGACUUCACAUUUUCAUCACUUCGCUGUAUUUCCCAGUUGUCUUUUGGUGCUUCCUGCAGUGUUUUUCUUCAUGGUGUGGGUCUCGAGUUAUACUUUAGAAGAUGUACGCUACGCCGGAUUUCUUGAUGUCGAAGGCACAGGUGUCCCAGUGAUGGAUGUAUACUCGCUGUUUGAUUUUCACCAUAUCCACUGGAGUGCUAUGCCUGGGCAAAUCCCAACAAUACUGAGCAUGUUUGUGAUGAUUGCAUUCGCCGCGUCGCUCGAUAUUGCCUCCAUCUGCAUGGGAACCACCAGCAAUAUGAACUACAAUACUCAGCUGCAGGCCGUCGGUUGGUCCAACGUCUUGAGCGGACUUCUAGGCGGAUACCCGGGAACGUACGUCUUCAGCCAGACUUUGUUUGCUUCACGACUCAGCCCCAGUCCAGCGGCAGAGUCACGUUUUCCAGGUUUGACGAGACUAAUUGGAGUGACUGUUGCUGUAUGUGAGUUUACUAUCCUCAUGACUCCCAUCUCGUUGAUGGCAAUUGUGCCAAAAUUCUUGUUUGGGGCUGUGAUGAUUUUUAUUGGCAUCGACUUACUCAAGACCUGGCUAGUGGGAGUUUUCCACAAGCUCCUCUUCGGCGAAUACUUGACUGUAGUUGGCACCUUUUGCUGUCUGAACCUAUUAGGGGUUCAGUUAGGAUUAGCUACGGGAGUCGUGCUGGCAGCGACAAGCUUUUUAGUGGAAUAUGCUAAGGCCCAAGACGUUCGAAUCGUGCACAAGACCAGCAGCGUUAUGCGCAAUGCUGAUCAGCAUGCGUUGCUCUAUGGUGUGGACUCGCAGGCCUUGGGCGCUAAAAGUAACAGCUCGCGACAUCAGGAUGCAAUCGUCACUAUUAGGCUGCAAGGCCAUAUAUUCUUCGGAUCGGCCACGCGCAUUCAAAACUGCGUCAAAAGUGCAGUUUACAUAUGUGCGUCACUACAUGGAGAUGUAGACACAAGCGCUGAUGAACGAGCUUCAAAAAUCAAUGAGCAAUCAGAGAAAUCGCCACUUCUUGCAAUCAAGCAAGAGAAUUACACGGCCGACACCCACUUAACGAUGCCGCCUUCCUUAGUGAAUCUCCAUGGGCAGGUAUGUGUUGACCAUCGCCGGCGACCGACGCAGUUUGUUGUUCUGGAUUUUUCUCAAGUUAGCGGAAUGGAUGCUACUGCAGCGCGCUCGUGUUUCUUGGCGCUUAAGCUUUCGUUCAGCCUUGGUAAAGUUCAUGCAGUCUAUUGCGGCAUGAGACCUAAUGUCGAGUUUCUUCUGCGAGCUAACGACGUGAUUCCUGCGUCGGCUCUGGAGGAAGAGUUUUCUGACAGCACGACCAAACAAAGGGAAUGCCAUGUCACUGCUGACUUAGACUUAGCUCUGUCUUGGUGCGAGCAACAAGUCAUCCUUUCUGCGGCAACGCAACGGUCCAUUCGCUCAGGACAGCAGCUGUUCUCACCACAGAGUUCUCCCGCUCUAGCGCUUCCACAAGUACUUGCUGCUUAUUUAUCAGACACUCGAAAGGACGACCCUGCAGUAUUAAACUACUUGGGAGAGUUAUCUCAGCGGUUUGCUGUGAGUAAAUGGGAAGCGCAAAGUCAUUUAUUCCGCGUUGGUGAAAGUGCCAACGUGUGGUAUGUGCUGUUGCGUGGAACAGUCGAGCUGAUGGCAAUUCCAACAGAGUCAGCCUUGCUAUCUGACUCGCCAAAGUCAGAGUAUGCCGGACCCAUCCAGUUACAGGGCUCGUCAGCAAUGCUAGACGAGAAUAUCACACAAAGGGAGAUCGUGGGGCGAGUCCGACCAGGUUGCAUCUUUGGCGAUAUGGAUUUCCUGCUGGAGCAGCCACGGGUGUUGGACGCAAUAUCCACAGCAUCCGACACACUCACGGCGUCAUUCACAGGGGAAGAUAUGGCUGAGUUCCGUAAAAGCCGACCUGAGUUGGCCUUACUACUUCAUGAGAUUCUCCUGAGAGCUUCGUACAUGACAUUAGCGGAGAAAAUUCAUUCACUCGCGAUUUAA